UUAAGUAUGAGCAAUCGUCUGGAUGUAAACAAAUUUCAUCCAGUUUUCUUGCAUCGCGGUCUUACAAUGUUGGUGAUACUUACAUUAUUUAUAUUGCUAAUAAUUUUCAUAGUAUACAAGGAUGGAAAAACUAAAGAUAUUCGUAAAAUACCGGGUGAAAAAGCAUGGCCUAUAAUUGGGAACUCACAUUAUUUAUUAGUGCCUCUAGAUCACCUAUUCACAUAUUUAAGAAAACUUCGCAAGCAAUAUGGAGAUAUAUUUCAAAUACACGCAGUCAACAUGCAAACUAUUAAUAUUUCUAAUCCAAAACACGUUGAGAUCAUAUUAUCGGGCACCCGUUUUAUUGACAAACAAAUUCCUUAUACAUUUUUAAGGCCGUGGCUUCGUGAAGGACUUCUUGUGAGUAAUGGUAAAAAAUGGCAUCAAAGAAGAAAAAUUUUGACUCAAGCUUUUCACUUUAAUAUAUUAAAGAAAUACUUACGAACUUUUACUGAACAAACGGAGAAAUUGAUGGAGAAAGUGGAUAUCGAAGCUAAGAAAGUACAAUGUGAUGUACUGCCAUUGAUUACGAACGCAACUCUUAAAAUUAUGUGUGAAACAGCCAUGGGUGGAGCUAAUGAAGAAUACAUGCAAUCUAUUUGCGAUAAAUAUUUGAAAGCUAUAAAUGAAAUAGGUAAAUCUAUUACCCAAAGAUUCUGCAGAAUUUGGCUUUACGCAGACAUAGUAUUUGAUUAUUCCAAAAUUGGAAGAAUUCAAAAGAAAGCUAUAAGUGAUCUUCAUCACUUUACAAUGAAUAUAAUUCGAGAUCGCAAAGAUUCUCACUCUAACAAUAUAAUGCUGGAUACAGAUAAUGGUGCAAUUUAUGGUAGGAAAGGUGGACUUGCAAUGCUUGAUUUGCUUCUAGAAAACGAAAAGGAUGGUGUCAUAGACUUUGAAGGUAUAAGAGAAGAAGUUGAUACUUUUAUGUUUGAGGGUCACGACACAACAGCAAGUGCGUUAAGCUUUAUGAUAAUGAGGAUAGCAAAUGAACCUAAUAUACAGAAAUCAAUUUAUGAAGAGCUAAACAGUAUAUUUGGUGAAUCGGAAAGACUGGCGACAAUCGAAGACCUCAAUAAUAUGAAGUACUUAGAAUGCUGCAUCAAGGAAUCUCUAAGGCUAUAUCCAAGUGUGCCAUUCAUAUCUAGAUAUUUAGCUGAAGAAGUAAAACUCGGUAACUAUAAAAUCCCUGCAGACACCCUCUGUCAGAUUCACGUGUACGACAUGCAUCAUGACGAGCACCUGUAUCCUGAACCGGAGACGUUUAUUCCCGAGCGCUUUCUGCCUGAGAACGCAAACAAACGUCACCCCUAUGCUUAUAUUCCUUUUAGCGCUGGACCAAGGAAUUGUAUUGGACAGAAGUUUGCCAUGAUGGAAAUGAAGACAGUAAUGUCGACUUUGCUCAGACAUUUUUAUAUCGAGUCAGUAACCAAACACGAAGACGUCAAGUUCACAUGCGACCUUAUAUUACGUUGUACUCAUCCUUUGUAUGUACGUUUUUGUAGAAGAUGA